AUGCCUCUUUUCAAGAAAGGGGGAGCUAACUUUACCGAUUCUCGUAAAAGUGAUAGCGACAAAAAACAUUCAAACAGUCGUUCAUCGGGCGUUGUAGCUCAAAAUAAUUCGCAAAUCAGCUCAACUACGCAGCCGUCCGUUCAAGCUGUCCCGCCGCAACAAAAACAAUCUUCAAAUUUGAAUUCCGCUUCUAGAACGCCUCAUCAGCCGCAAACCGGGGUAAGACAACAGCCUCUUGAACCCCCAGCACCGCCUCCUAAGUUCGUGUUUUACUGUCAGCUGGCGCAUGGAAGCCCGACAGGAAAAGUGGAAGGUUUCACUAACGUGAAAGAGCUUUACCAGAAAUUAGCCGAGGUAUUCAAGCUUCAAACCAGCAACGAGGUUUGUAGUGCUAUAAACCAAAGCAUUGUUUUGGGACUUGCAUUAAGAUGACUGUCUUUGGCAAGAUCAGAGUACCACUUUAAUACUAAUACCGUUUUCUCUCAUUAUUCAUACUAUCGAUUUACAUUAAUUAUAUCUCUUUGUUGCUCGACGUGCUGACUGCUGAAUAAAUUUAAGGCUUAGGUUACUGGGGAUUGUUUUGUUUAGAAUCUUUAGAUCGACCUCGAAAGUGAUAGGAAUUUCAUCAUAAACUUACGUCUUAGUUUAAACCACUUAUUUAUUUAAACAUUUAUUAAAAAAAAGAAGAAGAAGAAAAAUGCUUCCAGUUAUAAAUCCUAAACUUUUACAUGUAGUUACUAGAACACUGCUUAGUGGUGCUGAUAAUUCUAUUCUCUUCCAGACGGUAAAUAAGCUUACUUAUUUUACAACAGUGUGUUAAAUACUAUAGCACUGACAUGCAAUUUACGUGUAGUUUUGCACCAGUAAUAAAAGUUUAUGCCAGGAGGGCUUUUCCUAUAAUAAUUAUGGUCAAGAUUAUUCCUUUAGCAGAUCUGUUUUUUUGUGUAUAAUUUAAUUUAAUUUAAUUUCAGCUGCUGACAUUAAAAAUUCUUGUAAAUUUUUCAUAUCAGUAAGGCCUUUUUUGUCAUAAGACAGUCAUACCUGAAUGUGCAGCAAUUAACCUCUCCUAACCGCCGGAGGACCUUAACCAAAAUACUGUAAAAUUUUGAAUAUAAGCCCCCCAGACUCGUAAUGCAAAAAACCCUUCAUUAAAUCGUCCCUCCAAAUAUAAACCCCUGGGGACUUGUACUUGGAAGUUGCCCUCAAAUACAAAGUAAAACAAAGCAAAAACGGUAAAUUUCCUUCCAACUAUAAGGCUAGCCAAUUGAUUUUGAAAUGCAAAUUUUCCUCCAUAGAUAAUCCCCUCGGAAUAUAAGCCCCUCUAAAACCCCCAAUGUUCCAAAUUCCAUUUCAUUCAGGAAUAACGAUAUUAUGGUAGGUGAAAAAACUACUUUAUUGAUUACCUCUAAAUGGUUAUUGGUUUAUUUCAUUUAUUUUAGUCGAAGCUAUGACAGUGUACAAUCUUGAGAUAAUAAUAAGCUUUGUUCUCUUAUUAUUACAUGAGAUUUUUAAAUAUCUUAAGGGUUUGCUUUAACCAAUAACCAUUUAACGGUGUAUUCAUUUGGGAUGAGCCGAUCCAGAUCAGGAUUCAUGAUCUAAGAUCACUCACAUCAUGGUUUAUCUCAGAUACCGGUGAAUCUUUGUUCAAAUGGGUUGAUUCCAUUGGCAGCUGUAAUGCACCAUGAUCCGCAAGAUGAUUAGAUCAUUGAUCACCAAUCCUGAUCAUCCAGAAGAAUGCACCUUUAAAGUUUUAAUGGCAUGGAAGUCCUUUUGUGAUAAUAACUCAGGUUCAAGCAUAAAACUGUGAUCUUGCAUUGGUUCAAUGAUCACAGGACACUUUUAUGCAAAGCUAGUAGGACAAGCCCUUCAACCUGUGUUUUUAAAAUGCUUUGAACCUCCAUGUGCGACCACCUCUUGAAGUGGCCAGUCCUUCCUUAAGCGACCUCUUAUCAAGACACCAAAAUUUUCCUUUCAAGGCCCCAUAGUUAGAACCUCUCAUAAUUGAUAAACCACCAGAAGCACUUUUUGGGAUGACGUUUGACAAUUUUCCAUCAUUUUUAACCUCUUGUAAGCAACCACUUUAUGCAUUGUGCGAUCUCUAUGUUUGCUGUAUGUGCUAUGCCACUUAGAACAUAUGAAGAACUUUCAGUGAUAGCAUGGAACUACUGAUAUCAUUACUUAGAAAUUGUAUGCAAUUAAAAAUUAAAUUUUCUCAUCCAAAAAGUAGAUGUGUUGGGACCUCUUUUUGAAAGAGACCCUCUUGUGGGGUCAAUUCUUGUAAUUGAUUACGUCCUGGAAGCGACCAUUAAAUCUUUGCAUUUUGGGUGGUUGCUUACAGGAGGUUUGACUAGCUGUUAUUAUGAUUGUUAUGAGAAUAAAGAUGCUAAAUUGUUAUCAUAUUUUUAUUUCCAUACAGAUAUUGUUCUGUACACUUAAUACAUACAGAAUUGACAUGGAAAGGUUACUUGGUGGCCAGAUUGGUCUUGAUGACUUCAUUUUUGCACAUAUAAAAGGACAGAGAAAAACUGUGACUGUCAUGAAAGACAACCCAGCACUGGGUUUAACCAUAACAGACAACGGGGCUGGUUGUGCAUUCAUCAAGCGAAUCAAGGAGGGAAGCAUCAUUGAUGGAGUGGCUCAGAUUUGUGUUGGAGACCAUAUAGAGGCCAUAAAUGGCAGUGAAGUUGUUGGUAUUAGGCAUUACGAUGUUGCACGGAUGUUAAGAGACUUUCCUGUGGGACAGGAAAUAUCUUUUCAACUAAUUGAACCAAUGAGGGGCUUUGGUGAGCUAACUUCAUAAUGUUGCAGUUUUUAGCAUAUAUCAUUAAUUUUUUAACCUGAAUUGUUCAGACAGCCAGUUCUAACCCCAAGAUUGAAUGUUGCCAUAGUUGCCAUGCCUGUAGGAUUGCUCGUUGCAUGUACAUUUAUUUAAGCAAUUGGUAGAAGAGGUGGCAACUCUACAUUAUUUGAUCUUGUGCAAAGUUCAAAAGAUUCUAUCCAGGUUAUUUCUUUAUUUCUCACAUGCUGUUAUGAUGUAUAUUUUUUCAGAGGGGAUUGGCCCAAGAACUUCAAGCCGAGGAACAUCUUCUGUGGACUCUGCAGCUACUUCCAAUGCAGUUGGAAGUGGUAAGGCGACACUAAGACUGCGAUCAAAGGGCCCACCACUGGUGGAGACUGAAGAAGUGAGUUAUCAUUUAUACAGUUACAGUUAAUCUUUGAUGUGGCAUUGAGGUACUUGUUUUACUUAAAAACAUUACCCAGAAAAUAAUUCAAGGGGGUGCUUAUAACAUUGUUCAAAGACAAUGUGUAACAUUUGUAUUGAAGCAACAACAAAACCUGAGUUUUGGAAGACAAUAUUCCUGUCAGCAAAGGUGUGUGCAGGACACUUGCGAGGCUGUCCUCUAAGAAAAAUUGAAGGGAGCCCAGUGUUUUGAACCUGUGGAAUAAAGGGUGUCCAGCAUAGGAUUUCUAGGAAGAAACUAAGAUUUUCUAGUUGCCCGAAAGCAAAAGUUAGGCACCAGGGAAUACUGGGCGCUGCUAGAGUACAGCCUUGCUUGCACUGAAUUGAGUAUCAAGACUAUGGCACUAGGAAGGGUACCUUUAAGGGGUUAAGCUUGUUAAGUUCUUUUCUAAGUGCUUCCAUCAUUUCUUAUCAGGAAUCCCCAAGUUAUUGCCUUGUAAUUUGGAGAGGUUUCCUUUUUUUCAGGCCCCUGCAUGGGAAGUCAAAGCUGCUCAGAAAAUUGACGACUUGUUAGAGAGCUUCCUCGGCAUUAGAGAUCCUGAUUUAGGUAGGUCAACGUUAAUGAAAAUAGUUAGCCAAUGGCAGCUACCAUUUACACCCAGUGGAGGGGGGGGAGCAGGGGUGGGGGUAGAAGUUACUCAACAAGGUUUUAUAUGAGGAGGCUUUGCCCUGAGGUCCAACCCGUUACCCUUUUAUAUACCAUUUUUGACAGAAUUUGAACUUGGGAGGGUGGGGAACAAAUCCAGCAAGUGGCCAGAGCGGGACUCAAACCCAUAGGACUGUGGGAUUGUGAAUCCAGUGCAAUGACCACUCAACCACGCUGCCUCCUCAAAGUUGUACUGAAUUCAGUGAGAGUGAAACCUAAUGACCUCUGAAUUGCAAGUACACUGCACUCUAGAUUAUUGAGCUACUUUACCUCUGGCCUUGUGCAGUUUGUGCAUGUUUACUGAGGGCUUACAUAAAAAUAUUAAAUCUGCCAGGAAUAUAUCCCUGACUCCAAAGAUUCUCUGCAGAGGGUCACUCCAGCUUACACUUUUUUGCACAGAAAUGUUCUGACGAAUAUGAUUUCUUGCAAGCCAAAAUUCUUAAAAAUCUGUAAGAAUGCUAGUGAAGUGAUACAAAAUUGAAUGUGUUGGCAGUCAUACGACAAAAUAAAGUUUCUCCAUUACUGUCUUUUUUGUGUGUCUGCCUUUAGUUUUGUUUUGUUUUGCUCACAUUUAAUACUAGUGACUGGAACCAUGUUACCCUGCGGGCAGAGGCCCUUCGAUCUUCCUAGUUAAGUCAGGAAGAGGAAGGGACCUCUGCCAGCCGCCUCGACUUUCCCUGUUGAGCAUGCGACUUAUCUAGGAAGAUCGAAGGGCCUCUGUUCGCAAGGUAGUACCAUUUAGAGUGUUGUAAACUUUAUUAUCACUUCAUUUAUGUGGUAUGAAGUGACCUCACAUUAUUAAAAUAAUGUCUCCACCUUUUUGCAGACCAGUCAAACUGACUCUCUGUUGCACAUGGUGAGAGAAAUAAAUGUAAAACCUCAUCACUUAUAUGAUGUUUCCUUUUUUUUUUCACCUCAGCUGAGACUCUGGUCACAAAGAGCAAGACCUUAACCAAUCCAAGUGCUUUUGCAGUGGCUGUAGAUGAGGAAUUUGGCGACUUCCAGUUCCCAGAUGAUUUUAUUUUCGAUAUUUGGGGUGCAGUGUCAGACAGUAAGAGUGGGCGAUGA